AUGGUCUUAACAUAGCAAGUUUAACACUCAAAUAACUGUAAUGAUUUUGGAUAAUUAAAAUCACGGAAUGAUUGUGAAUAAGAGAUAACUGUAACAGGAACUUGUGAAUGGAUAGCUGCAUCAGGAACAACACCAGCAAAAUGUUAGAAAAAGACAACAGUUGAUCCAGUCAGUUCAUUCAAACCUUAUUGCAAACUUAUUGAAAAACCAGAAACAAACUGUGCUAAAACAUUAGAUUGUGCUUAUGUUGACCUAAAAUGCACACAUUUUACAGGAUGUCAAGCAUAUGUUAAAACUACAACAACAGAUUGCUAAGCUAUAUCCUAUUUUUGUGUCAGUGAUGGAAAUGCCUGUAUUCAAGCUAAAGAAUGUAAAGAAUAUACAUAAUAACAAUGUGAAUCAAUUCCAAGUGUUUCAGGAAAACUUAAAUGUAAAUGGGAUACAAAUUCAGGAGCUUGUAGAGAUUAUGUAUGUUCAGAAGCAGAUACUAUUUUAAAUACUGAUGAAAAAUGUUCAGCUUGGUUCCAACAUCAUUUAGUUCUGAUAAUGAUUGUAAAGCAUAUUAAAAAGGAUGUAUAACAAAAGGAAAAGGUUGUGUUUUAGCAACAACAAAACAAUUGUGUUCCACACAUUCAGGAGAUAUAGAAGAGUUUUAAAUUCAUAAAAUUAUAACACUAUUUGUGUUGGAUAUAUUUGAUCAGAUGGAGUUUGUGAAUGUGAUGCUGGUGGUUCUAAGUGCAGAGCAAGAAAAUGUGAAAAUGGCACAUUCAAUACUGAUGAACUUUGUUAAUAAUACUAAAGUACUUGUAAGACAAAUGGUAAAACUUCGUUUCCUCAUUGUCAGCACUGAAGCUUUUUGCUUACCAAAGGUUUGCAAUCAAGCUCCAGAUAAAACAACUACUGAUGAUGCUUGUAAUAAAUAUUAAAUUGGAUGUGUUACUACAGGAAAAGGAUGUGUUACAAAAACUAAUUUGAAAUCUUGUACUACUUAUGAUGGUGAUGCUACUAGUUGUUAAUCAAGAGUUGGAUCUGAAGGUAAAUGUACAUUGAAGACUGGAACUAAAUGUGUUGCUAAAGAUUGUACUUAAGCAACAACCAAUUUAAAUACUAAUCCUCUUUGUGCCAAUUUUUUCACAAAUUGUGUUACUACUGGAUCUGGAUGUGUUUCAUAAACUUCUUGUGAUUUGAUUGUCAAAUAAUAAAGUUGUGAUGGUGCUAAUAAUUGUUCAUGGUAACCUAUUUGUACUAGUAAUUCAAACUGUAGUGAAUUUAUGAAAAAAUCAAUUUUUUUAGCAAAUUAAGCUAGAGUAAGUACUUUUGAUAAAAUUGAUGAAAACGGAAAUCCCUUAUAUAUCUUUGUAUCCAAAAAAUGUGGUUGAUUAAACAAUGCUUAUAAAUAUUGUCUUGCUCAGAUGUAACAGGAGCUUAUUAUAAUACUGAUGCUAAUUGUGCAGCAGAACUAUCAACAUGCAUUAGUAAUAGAGUUGAGGCUUGUAUAACUAAAUAUGAAUGUAGUCAACUUUCAGGAACAUAAUCCAUUAGUUUAAGUUAUCCAGGUUAUUGUACUAAUUUCAUCAACAGCUAUUAAUACUACUCCUCACCUUGUGUAUAAAGAAAGUGUUCACAUAAUACAGAAGCAACUGAUAAUGCUACAUGUGCUUCAUUCUUACCUGGAUGUAAUAGUAAUGGAAAAGGUUGUGUUGAUUAUACUACUCCAUGUAAAUCAAUGAAAGGAACUUAAGAAACAUGUAAUAAGAUGUUUGCUUAUGAUAGCUUUAUAACUAAUUAAUGUUACAAUAGUUCAACAGCCACUGAAAUGAUUAUUGUAAAAUAAAAACCUGCAAAUUAGCUCUAUAAUGGAAAUGGAGGAUGUGUUGAUCCAAAAGCCAACGACACAACUUGUGCAAGUUAUACAGGUGUUUUAGCAUUUUGUGAAUCUGCUAUUGUUGGAAGUAAUAGUUCUAAAUAUUGUUUUGGAACAUCUACAUCAGCUACAUCUACUGUUAGAGCUUGUACUGACUGACAAUAGAACUGCAACAAAAGAUGAAGAUUGUGAGUCUUUCAUGUCAGGAUGUAUAGCUAAAUCUGAUGGAGGUUGUAUAAUAGAUAAUCAAGAUCAUAUUCUUAACAAUCAGGAACUGUUAACUUCUUGUCCUAAUUUCAGUGGGGGUUUAUAAGUUUCUUCUGUUUGGACCAAAGUUGCAUGCACAAAAUAUGAUGCUUGCUAAGAUAGAUUUUGCUCAGAUAAAACAAGUCCUUAAUCAGCUUAAGAUUGUCUUGAUCCUAAAUCCACUUGUAGAUUCUUUAAAGCUGAAUCUGCAUGCAAUUAUGCAGCAGAUUUUAUUAGUUAUAGUCUACCUGAUACAGCAACUACUGAUUAAUAAAAGUUUGAUUAUUGUACAAGUAUCAAAGAUAAUGUAGGGAUAUUAUGUGGUUAUACAUCAGGAGCAACUAAGUGUUCUGCGAAUAAUUUUUGA